GUCUCGUCACGUGACUAGCGAGAAUUCGCGUGAAAGACAACUUCCGGGUACAUGGUUGAGAAUGGCGCUUUCAGUUUUGUAUUGGGUGAAUUACGUUGAGGGGCAUACUAAGUUGACAAGGAAGAGCGAGGCUGCGGUGGAGAGCGGGAGAGUUCUACGAUUUGUUGUCGACGAACUGCGCGUUAUUACUGCAUGUGUGCAGGCCUCUAUGAGGGACACGUCGUACAAAGUACAGAUAUUUUUGGAUAAUGAAGAUACAGGAGUGGUAAAAGAUGCAACCUGCCAGUGCCCGAUGGGACAAUACAAGUGCCAUCAUAUUGCUGCAGCACUUUUGUUUGGUUAUAAAAGAGCGAGCAAAACCGACAUUAAAUGUAGUUGGCUGAAGCAUCCAAAGUCAGCGCCACCGAAAUCUACUGUUACUAUGUCUGACCUGUAUCCACCAAAGCAACAGGAGUACAAAACAUGGCUUCGAAAACAUCUUAUUCUCUCUCCAGAGAAGAUAAUGGAGGCAGCAUUCGCAUCAACUGGUCAGAGAGAAAACUCUUUGUGGGCAGCUGUAAGGAAGCUUCGAUUUACUGCGUCUAACUUUGGACAAAUUAUUGGAGCGAUUAGACGAAAGAGAUUGACAGAGUCCCUUAAGAAACGAAUCUUAAGUGCCUAUAAUUUGGAAAGAAGAGCUCCUAUUCAGUGGGGUAUCACGCAUGAGAAAGUGGGUGUUGAGGAGUAUUGUAAAGCUGGUGCAGUCACCGUUUUGCAGACAGGAAUUUGGCUUCACGAAUCAGGUGUUUUGGGUGCAUCACCUGAUGGCUUUGUCCAAGGAGAUUUUCAUAAAACUGACAUUGUCCACCUUCAGCAGAACGACCAACCAGCAACUCUACCGACUAUCAUAGAGGUCAAGUGCCCAUUUACAGCUAAGGACAAGACCAUAAUGGAGGCGUGCUCCUCCGUCAAAGAUUUUUUCUUGGUUGAUAACAAUGGAAGUUUGUCGUUAAAGACAACACAUGAUUACUGGCAUCAAAUCCAGGGCCAGCUUUACCUGACUGGUACAGAGUGUUGCGAUUUAGUGAUAUGGACAACCAAAGACAUGCAGAUUGUAAGAAUUGUAAAAGACAAGAUGUGGGCCCCAAACAUUUCUGCCAUGAUAGACUUUUAUUUCAUGGUGUUUUUGGAAUCACUGAAGUAAAUUAGCAUAAUGCUGCCUCCUCCUUGGUGAAGUGUGCUUUUUGUGAAAGAAAUGGUGGAAUAUUCAAGGAGACACCAGAAGGAAGUUUGUCGUAGAUGUUGAAACCUUUAUCGGCUAAUAUGAGAUCUCCGGCUUUUAGCUGCUGCAACACUCCACAGUGAUCAACGAUGGCUGCAUCUGAAGUUGAACCAGGGUACAAGUCAGAUGAGAACACAAGUGCACCAUUGGGUGAAACACAUGUAACUGCCUUGACAGUAUGUCUGCUCUUAUAACUACUGUAAGACAAGGACUGUGAGUUCAUGUCAGAUGGCACAUCUUGAAUAAUCUCGGUAGCAUCCAUAGCUAUUCGAGCUGACGCGAACUCUUCAAAGGACUUGGGCAUUGAUCCUUUGCACUUAAUCUGACUUGGAAUACCUUUUUCCUUAAGAAUGCUGUCAAAGAAGAUUUCAUGCAAGACUGAAACAUAAGUGUUAAUGAUAUUUGACACAGUUGCCCUGCUUGUUGCAAAUCGUACCGACAAGUCCAAGUCACGAUAAUUAAGCCGCAGCUUCAUUAAUGUUAUUAACAAUUGGUCCUCAAUGGAAAAACAGGUCACAGCCCAACCAGAGUAAUAGUUAAAUGGUGCCAUUCUGUAGAGCAUACUGACAACAACUUGAAACACAUCAGCUGGGAAUGAGGUGUAGAGCAACAUCUACAAACAAAUUAAGUCUUUUAUUUUAUGGGCCAUUGUCAGUGUUGAUAACUGUAUGUCCUGACCACCUGUAUCCAAUUUAUUAUGUUGUGUACAUUUCAUAUUAUUUGUUAAAGGCCACUCCUUUAUAUGUUAAAGCUUAUACAUUUCAUUAUUGUUACAUUUUUCUUGUCAGUGUCAAAGCCACAUUAAAAUGUACUUACAUAUACAACAAACACAAUUUAGUAUGCACUGUCAUUUUUUAUUUAUUUUCUUUUUCUAGUAUAACAAGUAUUUCAUUAUGCACAUGCAUUUAAGUUUAACAAUUAUAAUUCUACAAAAUGAAGCAUUUAAAAUUUUAAAUGUCCAUGACUCCAUUUAUGUAACUUACCUUCUCAGUGUCAUUUAUUAUAUCUUUGAUUGACAUUUUGGGUGUUUGUAUUUUCAUAUUUUCAAUUUCUUCUUGGAGACUCGCGAUCUGAUUCUUUAAGAUGGACACUGUAAUGUGCAAUUCAUAAGAUUCACUCAUUUUGAUACAAAUAUAUUUUUAGUUGAUCCUCUCAUACAUUUUAAUUUCUCAUUUAUAAUUGAUUGUAAUUAGAAACAUUUUAGUAUUCAUUGGUUUAAUUUAAAAAAAUGAAGUUUUUCUGAUCAGUCUAUUUUCUGUUGCAGAGUGUUGUCAAUAAAAAUUCAGUUGUUUGUGAAUUAAACCAUCAAUAUAUUUUUUAAUGAUGUUUUUUAAUAUAAGAUCAUAAUUAUGUUUAUAACUAUUUUUAAUUACCCUCAUGUGAAUGAUCUUGUGUGUCAUCAUGAUGGUCACAGUAAUUGUGAUCCAGAGCGGGAUUAUGUCCAACAUCUGACCCUGAAGCUGAAUCACUUGGCAUCUGGUGGGAAAUGGAGGAUACACUGUCCACUUUCUUUCUAGAAAAUUUAAUAAAUCAGAGAAAUAUUUAACAUUUUACUUUCAUAUAUAUAACUUUGUUUGAAUCAUAUAGUACAUUUUAUUCUUAAAAACUGGUGUAAACUGUAAUUAUCUUGAAUGCAAUAAUAAAUCAAUGUUUAUCAUGCAGUC